AUGGCGGCUCCUCGCUCUACAUCGUUACGUGCUCUGCGCAUCCUGUCCCAACAGCAUUCGCCAGCGCCGUCGUCGGUGCUUCGUCGCUCGCUCCAUAUGACGGGCGUCUACUCUGCACAGCCAGCGUCUGGCCCCGACGUCACGUCGAUAUACCGCUCACGAAGCGUCGCGGACCUGAAAGCUGAGUGUGAGAAGAGAAACAUUCGGACCGGUGGUAGUAAAGCCGAGCUGGUCGAUCGCCUGGCGAACCAUGAUUUCCUUCAGACCAGGGCAUUUAGCAUCGCCAUGAAGAGAAUCGAUGGUCCUGCUUUCGGACAAAGCUCCGACAAAGGAAGACAGUUCAACACUUCCCGCGCUAACAAAGCUGUCAAUGACUCAUCUCCCGUUGAUUUCGUCUUUAUGCCGACCAACAACGCCGAAACCGGCUCAAACAUGGCCCCCGGUUUCCCCCGAAUGCCAACCCCCCCGGAUUAUUAUACACAUUAUGAACUGGUAAACACGAGCGGUACUCUCCCUAUGAAACCCGAAAUCUACAGUGUUGGUGGUGCACCACUGGAUGCCAAUGGACCAAGCCCCAUGGCUGAGGUGGUGGACAACUAUUCCGUCGACAUCAACCCGUACAACCUCACCGAGAUUGUUACGAGGUCGAAACGUGCUGCAGCGUCGUUAGACGUGGCCAGGAGUCAAGAAGGCGAGGUGACGAUAGCAGGUAUGGCAAAGGGGCUGUGGAAUAUGAUGAUUGAAGAUCAUCCCAAGAAGAACUCAGAUACGACUUUGAAAUGA